UAUGAACUUAUUGUUAAGAUGCUAUGAGUUUCUCUACUUUAGACAUGAAUUGCAAAUAUUUAUUAUCUAAAUUCUGUGCACUCAUAUUGUACCUAGUAUUUGUUGUACUUAACAUGUUUUUAGUUAUUUUGCAGUAUGCAUAAAAAAUUUACGCUUUUACGCUUUAAUUCUACGCUUUACGAUUUUACCCCUUCUCUGUUUCUAGGUAGAAUCGCGCUUUUGACUGCAUUGGAAGAGACCACCCCGAAAAAGGGAGAGAAGAAGCCCUCGAGGAAUGAGUGGAAGGCGGCAACUAAUGCAUUGCCGGAGGAUGGAUAUGUGUCACCUCUACCUUAUCCCACAAGGAUGUACAAGGAGAGGUUGGACAACAAGUGUGGAGGGUUCAUGGACAUGCUACGCAACCUCCACCUCAACAUCCCAUUCCUCAAAGCCAUGGCGCAAAUGCCAAGAUAUGCCAAGUACCUCAAAGGAUUCCUCAUCAAGAAGCCAAGGCUUGAAGGCCUCGCCAACGCGACUCUAGGAGAGGAGUGCUCGGCUUUCCUCCUCGACCGCUUGCCCAAAAAGCGGUCCGACCCAGGUAGCUUUACUAUCCCUCUUGAUAUUGGUGAUCACCAUAGAGACAAUGCAUUGGCGGACCUAGGAGCUAGUGUGAAUGUGAUUCCCUACAAGCUUUUCAAAAAGUUAGAAGUAGGUGAACUUAAGACCUCUAAGCUUAGCAUCACCUUAGCCGACCGUUCGUUCAUUAGCUCAAGAGGUAUAGUGGAGGACAUGAUGGUGAGAGUGGGCAAGUUUUGCAGUCUGACCUAUUUCGUGAUUCUCGACAUAAGUGAGGACUCGGAUAUGCCCCUCAUCCUCUGUCGUCCCUUUCUUGCAACCGCCAAGGCAUUGAUAGAUGUUAAUGAGGGAACCCUAAUUUUGAGGGAUGGUAAGGAGAGAAUCAAGCUUGAAAUUGAUCCUAGGGUGAGGAGUGAUGAAGUGAAGGGGGUAGUUUCAAAUGAUGUGAAUGAGAGUGGAGGAGAGCCUUCUAAGGCAAAACCCACCAUUACUUGUGUUGUCUUUGAUGAUGUUGAGCGGGAAAUGAGAAGGAUCCUAAGCCAAAAGGACCAAGAUUGAAUGCUUGGAGAAGAAGGAUGAAGGGAGCUUUGACCCGGAAGAAGGGAGGGGCCGAAGCAAUGUUGGCCAACCAAGAGGGCCAACUCAAGGAGCCUAAGAUGGGAGGCUACAAGCCUCGCCCCGAGAGUGUGGAGGAUCCGCUCUCGGUGGCAUCAUGUUUGAAUUCGUGAUUGAUCCCCAACCGUCAAGCUAAUGACGAUAAACAAGCGCUUUUUGG